GUGUACCUGGUCACUUUCGUCCCGGACAGGACACCUCCCCCUCCUCCAUUAUUGAUGGAUCCAUGGAUCGAUAGAUGGAUGCCCCGCCUCCAUUAUUUCGAUGCCUUGAUUUGAUUCUCGCCCUGCCUUUCUCGGUUAUCUUCAUUCGAUCUCCCCAGAAUUAUCUUAGCUAGCACGAGUGGUGCGUAAACAGUGUACGUACGUGCUCCGUCUAGUUAGUUCUCCAAUUAGAAGAGUUGAGGCAGCUCUUCUUCGCCGGGAGCAAUGAAGAUCUCCAGCUUCCAGAGCGCGAGCAGCGGCGGCGCCAGCGCCGCCAGCGGCUCGAGCACGGGCUUCGGCUCCGGCUCCGGCGCCUCCCGCUCCUUCAACCUCCGGAACCUGUCCAAGCUCAUGCUGCCGCCCCUAGGCUCCAGCCUCAGCCAGUCCACUUCCGACUCCGAUAAGAGGGUCGUCUCGCCCCUCGACUCCAGAUACAGGUGCUGGGAGACGUUCAUGGUGAUCCUGGUGGCGUACUCGGCGUGGGUGUACCCGUUCGAGGUGGCCUUCAUGGAGGCCAGGCCCAAGGGGGGCCUGGAGGUGGCCGACAUGGUCGUCGACAUCUUCUUCGCCGUCGACAUCGUCCUCACCUUCUUCGUCGCCUACAUCGACUCCAGGACGCAGCUCCUCGUCCGCGACCGGAGGAGGAUAACCUUCAGGUAUCUGUCGACGUUCUUCAUCAUGGACGUGGCGUCGACGAUCCCGUACCAAGGCAUAGCCUACCUCGUGAACGGCGAGGUCAGGGAAGGCAUGGUGUACAGCCUGCUCGGCCUGCUCCGGCUCUGGCGUCUCAGGAAGGUGAAGCAGUUCUUCACAAGGCUGGAGAAGGACAUCAGGUUCAGCUACUUCUGGGUACGCUGCGCGCGGCUGAUCGCGGUGACGCUGUUCCUGGUGCACUGCGCCGGGUGCCUGUACUACCUGCUGGCGGACCGGUACCCGGACCGGGACAAGACGUGGAUCGGCGCCGUGAUCCCCAACUUCCGGCAGGAGAGCCUGUGGAUCCGCUACAUCUCCUCCAUCUACUGGUCCAUCACCACCAUGACCACCGUCGGCUACGGCGACCUGCACGCCCAGAACAACCUCGAGAUGAUCUUCAACAUCUUCUACAUGCUCUUCAACCUCGGCCUCACCGCCUACCUCAUCGGCAACAUGACCAACCUCGUCGUCGAGGGCACCCGCCGCACCAUGGAGUUCAGGAACAGCAUCCGCGCGGCGUCCAACUUCGUGUGCCGGAACCACCUGCCGCCGCGGCUGCAGCAGCAGAUCCUUGCCUACAUGUGCCUCAAGUUCAGGGCGGAGAGCCUGAACCAGCAGCAGCUCAUGGACCAGUUGCCCAAGUCCAUCUGCAAGAGCAUCUGCGAGCACCUCUUCCUCCCCGUGGUCAAGGAGGUGUACCUCUUCAAGGGCAUCUCCAGGGAGGCGCAGCUGCUGCUGGUCACCAAGACCAAGCCGGAGUACAUACCGCCCAAGGAGGACGUGAUUGUGCAGAACGAGGCGGCGGACGACGUGUACAUCGUCGUGUCCGGCGAGGUGGAGAUCGUAUACUUCAACGGCGAGCGGGAGGAGGUGAUGGGGAAGCUGGGCACCAUGGACAUCUUCGGCGAGGUGAGCGCGCUGAGCGACCGCCCGCAGACCUUCACGUUCCGCACCAGGACGCUGAGCCAGCUGCUGCGGCUAAAGCAGGCCACGCUCAGGGAGGUCAUGCAGAGCAAGCCCGACGACAGCGCCCUCAUCGUCAGGAACUUCCUCAAGCAUCAGAUUGAGGUGCAUGACAUGAAGGACCUGCUCGGCGAGAGCACCGGAGCCGGCGGCUGCGGCAACAUCGUCCCGUGCAAUCUGCUGACGGUCGCCGCCACGGGGAACGCUGGCUUCCUUGAGGACCUCCUCAAGGUCGGGAUGGACCCUGACGUCGGUGACUCCAAGGGAAGAACCGCUCUGCACAUCGCGGCGUCAAAGGGGUACGAGGGCUGCGUGCAGGCUCUGCUCAUGCACGGGUGCAACAUCAACAUCAAAGACGCGCAGGGCAACACGGCGCUGUGGCAGGCCAUCGCGGCGAGGCACCACAAGGUGUUCAGCAACCUGUACCAUGUUGCGCGCGUCUCGAACCCGCGCGCCGCCGGCGACCUCCUCUGCCUCGCCGCGCGGCGCGGCGACGUCGACACGCUCCGCGAGCUCCUCAAGCAAGGCCUGGACGUGGACACGGAGGACCACGACGGCUCCACCGCGCUGCGCGUCGCGCUGUCCGAGGGCCAGGCCGACGCGGCCAGGUUCCUCGUCAUGAACGGGGCCAGCGUGGACAAGGCGGACCUCGACGGCGACGGCUCCGCCCCGCGGCAGACCACGGUGCCGGCGGCCGAGCUGCGGGAGCUCGUGAAGAGGCGGGAGGUCGGCCACCCGAUCACCAUCUACGACUCGCCGGCGAGCACCGUCACGGCCGCCAGCUCGUCGUCCGGGGAGCUUCGUCAGGGGAGGUUCCAGGGCAGCACGAGAUCGGACAGCGCGCACUGGCCCCGGGUCAGCAUCUACAAGGGCCAUCCGUUCGUGAGAAACCACAGCUCCGAAGCCGGCAAGCUCAUCAAUCUUCCCGCCACGAUGGAGGAGUUCAAAACCAUCAUCGGAGAGAAGCUGAAGGUGGACACGGAGAAGGCGCUGAUCCUGAACGGCGAAGGGGCGGAGAUCGACUCGUUGGACGUGAUCCGGGACAAUGACAAGCUGUUCAUCGUUACCGAAGAGCACAUGAGGAUGUUGGCAUCAAUGGAUUCUUCUGUUGCUUUAUCCCACACAUCGUCUAUAGGUUCAGCUGUUUCAGUAGCACAUGUCAUAUAAUUCUGAUAUGUGCUAGCUGGGAUUAUUUUUUUCUCUAGCCCUAAAUAAUCCAGUCAUCUCCGUGGCAACGAUUCAAGCAGCGUGGCAAGUGGCUACGCGAGUGAUUUGUGUUCCUUUUAUAUGUGGACACAAGCAGAUUACUGACCCCGCCCCAAAAAAAGGGUAGGAAUAGUCCAAAUGCAUGGAUGAUGUAGUUAAUGUAUCGAAGAAAAUGGAUGUUGUAGACAUGAAGGGACUGGGAAAUGGGCCGUAAAUUGGCUUCGCCAGUUUGUUUUGAUCACGAGUCAGGACAUUUCAGCUGCAAAUUAUGAACACAUGUAACAUUGCGGUUUGCAAUUGAGCAUUGUCUGUUCAGACUUUA